GCUGCUCUGAAAAGCCAUCUUUGCACAGAUCUUGUGUUCAGCCUCCUGUUUGCUGCAACCACCUCCGCCACGUGCCUCCUCUGCCACCGCGGACUCGGGCAGCUUUCUCGCCAGAAUCCUCCAACUCUUCCUUUCUUUCUAAUCCGCUGCAUUGGAUCACCGUGUGCCCCAUCAUGUCAGAAGCAGCCGUGGACACCAGCUCCGAGAUCACCACCAAGGACUUAAAGGAGAAGAAGGAAGCUGUGGAGGAGGCAGAGAAUGGAAGAGACACACCUGCUAAUGGGAACGCUAAUGAGGAAAAUGGGGAGAAGGAGGCGGACAAUGAGGUAGAUGAAGAGGAGGAAGAAGGUGAUGAUGAGGAAGAGGAUGGAGAUGAAGAUGAGGAGGCAGAGGCAGCUGAAGAUGAUGAUGAGGACGAUGUGGACUCCAAGAAGCAGAAGACUGAUGAGGAUGACUAGACAGCAAAAAAGGAAAAGUUAAACCUAACAAAA